CAUUGCUUCCGCAAAAAAGUUACGGUGGGAACCGUUUAGAAGCUUCACCUAAACAAAAUAUUGAAGCAGCAGCCUGGUAGCUCCGGUUUAAACAGGUUUCCCCUCUUUCUCGACUACGCAGGACAGAAGAACAUCUAUCAACCCUCAAGCAUAAGGAGACAUAGACCUGUGAAAGAUGACUUCUAUUUUUGAACAGUCCGGAAAUGGGACUCUGUUCCUUGGUGGCCAGAAGAUAUCUGGUGCCGAUAUCAGGGAUCAAAAUGUUCUCGCCACCCAAGCUAUUGCGAAUGUCGUGAAGAGCUCCUUCGGCCCAAGUGGUCUAGACAAAAUGAUGGUGGAUGAUAUUGGAGAUGUCACAGUAACGAAUGACGGCGCGACGAUUCUUAGCCUCCUAGACGUCGAACACCCUGCUGGAAAGAUCCUCGUCGACCUAGCGCACCAGCAAGAUAAGGAGGUUGGUGAUGGUACUACCUCGGUUGUGCUGAUUGCUGCCGAGCUUCUACGACGGGCAAACGAGCUCAUGAAGAACCGAAUACACCCGACAACUAUCAUCACAGGAUACAGACUCGCUCUGAGAGAGGCUAUCAAGUACAUGAACGAGAAUGUUAGCACUAAAGUGGAGAAUCUUGGCCGCGAAUCGCUGCUCAGCAUUGCCAAGACAUCUAUGUCUAGCAAAAUCAUUGGCGCCGACUCCGACUUCUUCGCCAACAUGGUCGUCGAUGCUAUGCAAGCAGUCAAGACGACAAAUAACCGCAGCGAAGUCAAAUACCCCGUUAAGGCCGUCAACAUCCUCAAAGCACACGGAAAAGGCUCCCUAGAAUCGGUUUUAGUCAAGGGCUACGCUUUGAACUGCACCGUCGCAUCCCAGGCGAUGACUACGCGGGUACAGGAUGCUAAGAUUGCGGUACUUGAUAUGAACCUGCAAAAAGAGAGAAUGAAGUUGGGUGUACAGAUCACGGUCGACGACCCUCAACAGCUCGAACAGAUCCGCGCACGAGAGUCGGGGAUGGUCAUUGAGAGGGUAGAGAUGAUACUCAAGGCGGGAGCAAAUGUCAUCCUGACAACCAAGGGUAUUGACGACAUGUGCCUGAAGCUCUUCAUCGAGCGCGGCGCCAUGGCCGUCAGACGAUGCAAGAAGGAAGACUUACGACGAAUUGCGAAAGCUACCGGCGCAACCCUGUUAAGCACGCUCUCCGAUUUAAACGGCGACGAGCGUUUCGAGCCUUCAUACUUAGGCCAUGCUGAAGAAGUUGUCCAAGAACGAAUCUCGGAUGACGAAUGCAUCUUAGUCAAGGGAACUAAGUCGCACUCAUCUGCGUCUAUUCUCCUUCGAGGACCGAAUGACUUCCAACUGGAUGAAAUGGAGAGGUCUGUUCAUGACUCGCUAUGUGCGGUUAAGCGAACUUUGGAGAGUGGUAGCAUCGUGCCUGGCGGUGGCGCAGUGGAGACGGCAUUACACAUCUACUUAGAGGAGUUCGCGGGCACAGUUGGCUCCCGAGAGCAACUAGCAAUUGCGGAAUUUGCGCAGUCACUUCUCGUCAUCCCUAAGACACUGGCUGUUAAUGCCGCGAAGGAUGCCAGCGAGUUGGUGGCUCAGUUACGAUCUCGACACGCAUUAUCGCAAAGAACGCAGGAAGGAGAGGCUAAUGAAGACGAGAAGACGGUUGCAAAGAAGAAGAACUACAAGAACUACGGCCUAGAUCUGAUGAAGGGUAAAGUGGUGGACGAGAUUAAGGCCGGUGUGUUAGAGCCCAGCAUGAGCAAGGUUCGGCAGUUGAAGAGUGCGGUGGAGGCGUGUAUCAGCAUAAUGCGAAUCGAUACCCUGAUUAAGCUGGAUCCGGAAGAAAGGGGAGAACCCGACGAUGGCCACGGCCACUGAUAGAGUAAAAGGAAAACACGAUGGUCGGUGCGAGAUA